CCUUGGCCUAAUGAAACACAACGGAGAAGAAAAGAGGGAAUGGCAUGAAGUGCAAUCAGUGACUGCCCAGCUCGGAAGCCUCCUACUAAUGCAAGAGAGGUAGGGAAACGGAACCUGCUUUAUCUUUCAAACAAAGCUUUGAAAUUGUUUCCAUCCUCUUAAGUGACAAAGUGAGGCUAAUGUACUUGGCAGAUAGCCUAAUGUCCAUCUUUCGUAUGUGUGAGGGAAAAACUUGAGAAACCGUCAACAGUCCUGGCUUGUCUUGACAUUUUAAACCCAAAGCCCUGGAGCUGUUAGAUGCAGUGGGCAUUGCCUUUGUUUGACCGAGCCUCUCUGGCCUUCAUCAGCACGUCGACUGCCCAGUGCAAGUUAAUAAAACGCUGCUGGUUUGGACUGCUGCCUUGCUGAUCUGGGUUCACAACCUGGCUGAGCCAUUCAAGUUUGCAUGUCUUCUCCAUCUACCGCCCCUGAUUGUCUGCAUUGACUCAAAGAGCUGUCUGAGUUAAGUGGUGUGUGUGUGCGCGCCCUGAAAAGGCCUGGCAUUUAUGCAAAAAUCUACUGCCACAUUUGAAUGCAGACUUAAUAAUAAUGCAGAGAUGCAGCAGAAGUGACUGUUUUCUUUAACGGCAAAAACUCAUUUUAAUUCAACUGGUUGGAAUAGAAGCUGCUGAACCCUCAAGUCAACUUCACUCCCACCUUCUUACUAGCAGGUGCCCACUUUCCCUUCUCCUGAUGUUGCUGUGGGUUACACCAGCCUCUCCCUCAGUUUGUGUGAUAUCAUUUUACAGGGGCUUUACAAAUGUUAUUCAAACGUGAUGUUAGUCAUUCACAUUUUGACAGAAGUUUUAAUUUUUACAUUUUUAAAAUUAUAAUUUAGAAUAGUCAGAAUUUGGUUUUGUGAGAUCUGUUUUUAAUAAGUUUAGAACUGAUGGACUCCACAUUGACUACAGCUGUUAGCCAUUAGCAAUAAUCUUUACUGCUAUUUUUAAAUCUGUAAUUUUAAUUCUCAACAUAUCUUAAGACUGCUUAUUCUCUUUUACAACUGUUCCCCUCUCUAUGCCAAUUUAGUUUGCAACAUGCAGAAAAACUGAAGCAAGAAUCCAGUGGACGGAGGGGAGAUAGGGGAGUACUCAUCAAAAGGGAUCUCGGAUCCUACACCUAGAAAGUUAAACUAAAGGAUUUCAACACAAGUGGGCGACGAUGUGCCACGGCCACUGGCUUAUGUUUGGUAUCCUGCUGGUCCGAUGCUCCAUGAGCAGACGCUCACCCAAACUAAGAGGGGAGAGAAACAAAAACAGGGGGAACAGAAAAGAGGCACCAGACAUGAGAGCUUCAGCAGUGAUGAGAAAAUUCUCAGGUUUGACCAGGAGCAGAAUGUCCGUCUGGAGGAAGAGCUGCAGCUCAGCCAUCUGCGUCAACUUGAAGAGGUCUUCUCCAGUUAUGUACCUUUGGGGGACAAAGGCAUGGAGGAGAAUGGGGGAAGAACAAAUGGCAGAAAAGCAGGACCACCACGCCAGCCUGGCUGCAUGACGCUGGCAGAGUUCCAGGAAACCCUCACCAGCCUGGUGGGCUCAGAAAAGUGGGCUGACCAGAUGGAGCUGCUUUUUAACAAGGUGGAUACUUCAUGUGAUGGCUAUGUGGACUGGGAUGAGUUCUGCACUUACAUGCUGAUGCGGUACAAGGAGAAAGACUAUGUGAAUAAUGGACGGGACACCACUUUUACAUCACAGCCGCUGAUUAAACACUGCCUGCACAACAAGCAAGAAGUGACAACACGGAUGCUCGCAGUUCCCUCUCCUUCUCCACUUCGGUUCGUGAGUGUCAGUAAAGAAGGCACCCUCACCAUUUGGGACAGCAACCUACAAAUUCAGAAGUCGUGUGAUGUUUGCUCCAAGGCCGCUGAUUCACAAACAGGCAGAAGAAGGUUUAAAACGUGGACCACCGAUGCUGUCUACAUGGCCAACGUUCACAAAAUUGCAGUGGCAACGACAAGCCGGGAUAUUCAUUUCUUCGACAUUUCCACCUCCAACUGUUUUGAAGAGUUCCACUUAUUUGCUCUUACUAAUGUGCCAACCUGCUUGUUUUACUGGUGCAAGCCAAAGGCCCCAGAAAGCUGUUCCUUACUUCUAUGGGGAGAUGAUGCUGGCAAUGUCAACCUGAUGUGGUUUCUGCGCCCACUUGUCGGCAUGUUUGAAAAGCCCUUUACAGAAGAGGAAGGACCUCAGAAGGUCUUCAUGCAGGAGAUCAAAGAACACCAUCGCCUGGUAUCACAUCAGUGUCUCGCUGGGAUUCAUCCACAGCCUAUCUCCAAAAUUAUGUAUGUGCCUGAUGGAGACCUUGUGAUAACUUCCUCUGGCAGCCCCUCAAUGGCUGUUCACAUCAUGGACAUUCAGAGGAAGAAGAAGACAUACACAUGGAAGAUCAGCAAGGGUGUCACAUGCUUCGACUUCAGCAAACCGCUGAACUUGCUGGUGACUGGAGGCAUGGAUCACAUGGUUCGCUUAUGGAAUCAGUAUGUGACAAGUGGGCCAGUGGCUGUUCUUCAAGGCCACUGUGUUACCCUAAUGGAUGUGGCAAUUUAUGAGCCUUUGAGCCAGAUAUUCAGCUAUUCAAAAGAUGCGGUACUAAAGGUUUGGAGCAUAACAUCCCAGCGGUGCUUGAAGACACUAGUGCUGAAGUUCCCGAGUGUACUGGCGGGUCACAUUCUUGAACAUGGAGAGUUCCCUUUCCUGCUGGUAAAGUCAACCCCCAGUGCCCUGCUGGUCUCCUGUGGUGACUACAUUGGCCUGCUGCAGCUGCAGAAGGAUGACUCAGAGGACAGAGUGCCAGCCACUCACAAUGGCAGAGUCUCAGCAGCAGUGUACAAUUCUUUCUUCCAUCAGGUUGUUACCGCUUGUGAAGAUUCGUCUCUGGCUGUCUGGGAUGUCGAGACAGGGGCAAAGUGUCUCCAGCUAAACAAUGUCCAUGGCAAGGAGGAAAUAACAUGUGUGAGCUUUGACGUUUCCCAAAGACGCCUUAUAACAGGGGCCCGGAAUGGCACAAUCAAGAUCUGGAACAUACAAAAUGGCCACAAUUUGCACAAGCUGCAACCACUGGGUGAAGCAGAGGUAACAGGGCUCAUCAGUUUUCAAGAGCAUCGUUUGUUGGCCAUAGGCUGGAACAAAAAGCUGGCACUAUACAAUAUGGCCAACCCUGAGGAUGUGCACAUCAUGGCAGACAUUUCUUGGCUCGAUGGUCAUCUUCACAAGGAGGACAUCCUGACAGUAGACUACUGCCCUUCAUUAGGUCUUGUAGCAACAGGCAGCUUUGAUGGGGAGAUUAUUGUGUGGAACUUGGAGAGACAGCGAGUGGUCUUUUACCUGAGAAGGAGUCCCAGCAGAAGGCCUACCACCACCCGCUCAGCACAAAAAGGACAAUCCGCUUACAGAUCAAGAGGCAGCUCCAAGGCCAACAGCACACAUCCUGGACACAAUGACUCUCCAGCUCCUGUAGAUAAGCUCCUCUUUCUCCAGCACCGUGCCACCAGUAAGACCUGGACCAGCAAAUCUAUUCUUGUCAGCUCUGAGGCUGGUGAAAUUCACUGGUGGAGUUUGUCAGGAUCAAGACACAGCAACAGCUACUUCUAUGCACCAGCAGAGCCUGAGGAGUCGGUCCUCGCUCUCUCAACUGAUGAGCUGAACAGGUAUCUUGUAUCAGGGGAUACAGCUGGCACAAUCAGAGUGUGGAAUAUUGUAGAUUAUGGACUCCAGAUAAUCGACCAGAAAUCUUCUCUGGACCCCCCACUGUUGUUCAGCUGGAAGGCUCACUUGGGCACCAUCGUCAGUGCACAGCACUUCUCCCUUCAUUCACAGUCUUUUAUUAUGAGUGCAUCAGCUGACCAAACAGCAAGAAUCUGGACUUUGGGUGGCAGGUUUGUGGGGACCUUUGGACAGGACAAGAGGUGGAAUCUCGAAAACCCUUCAACGUACCAACACCCCCGGAGCCCUUGGGGACAGGUGACCAAAGUGGAAACAAAGCAGAAUGGGGCCCCAGUGCAAACAGACCUGGGUACUGAAGAAUCACCAGUCCAGAGCAGCAAGGACAAAUGCCAUAAGUAUGACACUGCCAGCUUAGGUCAAGAAUUCAUUAUUAAAGAGCUGAGGAAUGAACGCUGUUCUGUGUCAGCAUCCAGAUCAUUGUGGGAGCCCAGCUACAAGGCAAUAACCAGUCAAACCCUUCCCAGUGUGAGCAUUCAUCAACGUAAGAGCUCUUUUGAUGCAUUGUUUGAAGACGAACCAAUGAAGAAAUUAUGUAAUCGCCAGGCAAGACGAAGUAUGUUUGGGAGAAUUAAUGCUCAGAAACUUUGCAGAUUUGGAGGAGUGUGUACCCCUUUUCAAGUUCUGGCAACUCCGGAUAUGCAGGAAUUUAUCCUGCCCAAUGACCUACCCGGAAGCAAUUGGAUGUCAAGCCAUGAAUUCAAACAACUUGUAGAACCCCAUACUCCAGAAGCCCAAUCUUUGGAACGUGAUGAGCAAAGUGAAAUGAAAAACCGGCAUAUGGCCUCAGCAAAGGACUGUUUCCUUCCACCCAUUGGGCUGAAGAAUGAUCCUUAGCAGUGAACUUUGGUUCCUCAUAACUGCUCUGGAUUACCAAAUCAUAUGGGUGUGUGCAUGACAGAAAUAAAAGACAGGCAAAGGGUUAAAGUGAGUCUCCCUCUGAAAAAGCAAAAAGUGAACCAAGGCUCACAAGGCAAUUCUAAUAAAAGAAGCCAUUAUGACAACAUUCCUUUACUAGCUUGAUUUAAUACAAAUUUAGGAGAGCUUGACCACAAAAGGGACUUCAGCUCAAAUGCUCACGAACUGGCAUGAAGGAGACAAUUGCUUGCCAAAAAAAUUAAAAUUCAGUGUCCUUAAGUAAAAGGAGGCUGCACAAGUUGAGAAGAUGAUGAAAAUACAAAGUGAUUUUUGGACCAUGGUGAGCCUUGAAUGCCAAUAGAAAUGCAAAUUCAAAUCAUCUCUGCUAAGUCAUUUGAAAAAAAAAAUCCUAAACUCAUCAUCUGUUCUCUGUAUAGCACAUUUAAAGCUUUCAUGUGAUACCAAUAUAAUAUGAAACAA